CACACUCACACACAGGCCCUGCUGUCUGUCACUUCCCGGAUCCAGCGGGUUCAAGCUGCUGUGGAAACUUUCACAAGUUUGCUGUUGGAGGAAGGAGGGAGAGGUGGGGGGAGAGAGAUCUUUGAGCCUACAGCCGCGCUGCUGCUCUCACACACGGAUCAGUUCGGGAUCUGAGCUCCGGGAUGUCGGCCGUGAAGGCGCUGCAGCAGUGGUGCCGGGUCCGGUGUGAGGGCUACCGGGAUGUGUCCAUCACCAACAUGACCACGUCCUUCAGGGACGGCUUGGCUUUCUGCGCCCUCAUUCACAAACACAGACCCGAUCUCAUCAACUUCGAUUCACUGAAGAAAGAAAAUGUCUAUGACAACAACAAACUGGCGUUCAAGGUUGCGGAGGAGGAGUUGGGAAUUCCAGCUCUGUUGGACGCAGAAGACAUGGUGGCUCUUAAGAUUCCUGAUCGCCUCAGUAUCCUGACAUACGUUUCACAGUACUACAACUACUUCCAUGGACGCUCCCCGAUUGGUGGUAUGGCAGGAAUAAAGCGCCCAGCUGAGGGCCCCACAGAGGAACCGUCCGGGAAGAAGAACCAGCCGGUGGCGUCCAAGGUGUUUCCCUCUUCAAAACCCGCCAGAGAGAACAGCCCUCCCCCCUCCUCCAACAUCACAAGGCCCGCUCCUUCACCGAAGCAAACCAGAAAUGCCACGCAGGAUGAGAAAUCCCAUCCUACAGGCACCCUGAGUAACAAAUGUGUGUCCUGUAACAAGCACGUUCACCUUGUGCAGCGACAUCUAGUGGACGGGAAGCUUUAUCACAGGAGCUGUGCGAAGUUGCUGUCGCCUGCAAACACAACUGCACCUCUUAGAGAUUUACCCACAAACACUGCUGUUUCCAAAUUCAGCCCUCUGCCAGACUCCACAAAAACCUACACAAAUGCUCCCACUUAUACCCCCUCCAGACUGGGACCAACAUGGCUGACGGAGAAAUCCAGCACCCCUCCCAGCACUUUUUCUACUCCAUCUCCUUACCGGCCUGCUUCAAGUCUCUCUUCUGCUGCCAAAGAGAGUCAGACAUCUUUAUUCUCCAAACCCACAACUUCACAGACUACUGAAUCUAACUUCACCACAACCACUUCCAUCAACACCAGGCCCACUGCUGCUCCUCGUACCUCAACCACGGCGGCAAAGACGAUGCAGUCCAAACUCAAGUUCUUCCAGUCGGACAACACCGCUAAUGAUGAAGAGAAAAAGACUACAACCACCAACAUUGACAUUAAUAAAGGGCAGAAUGUGACUGGUAAGGUCCAGCAGGGCGCAGCAGGUCAGGCUGUGACUGUUGUUGUGAAUGUUGGUGGUACUGGCAGAAAGAGCUUGGACACAGGUGGGGAGAGAGCUAAAGCAGCUGGUGUAGGUGGAGAUUCGGGAAAGGCGUGUGAGAAUAAUAUGACUAAAGCAUCUGCAGCAGCCUUCAUCUCCAAAAAACUGGAGGUGAACAAUAAUAACAACAGUAAGCCAUCGUGGACGACUGUAUCGCUGAAGAAAACUGACAAACCCUCUCAAGUCGAGACUCCUAAGAGGGAGACAGAGGGUGUCAGAGGGAGAGUGAAGCUGAGAGCAGACCCCUCACUCCUCGCCGACCUGCAGACUCCGGACAUCCCGAACGCUGCUCCGAGCCCGGCCAGCAGGAGCGGACUCAGAGCCAGAACCCCAGAGAGAGGCGGCUCAAAGCCUGGCAGUACAUCACCCAACACCUCAGUAUCAGAAAAUCAGUCCCCUGCCGACUGGAGGUCAAAACUCAAAUCCAUCUCCAAAGAAACCAAACCGGCUGGUCCUUCACAGUCUUCCCCUAAACCCUGGGCUAAUGGAGCUGGAAAGUCAUACACUUCAGAGCUUUCUAUUGGUCCUUCCCCCAGCCCGAGCAUUUCUGUCACUCCAGCAGCACCAAAGGGAUUCCUGAAUGGUCAGGAAGACCUAACUGCGAAUGGUUCCAAGUCAGAGUUGAAGAUUUCCAAGACUAAGCCGGACUACAUUCAGAAAGAGGACAUCAUAAAGGAGCUGCAGGAGAUUGAAGAUAAUUUGAACGAGUUAGAGAAGAGGGGAGUCGAGCUGGAGAUGAGGCUCCGCAGCAGUGAAGAAGAGGGUGAAGACGACUCUCUAAUGGAUGAGCUCAUGGUCGAGUGGUUCAACUUGAUCAGGAACAAGCAGGUGGCCAUGCGCCGGGAGUCUGAACUGGUCUACAUUGGAAAAACCCAGGACCUGGAGGAACAGCAGCCCAGUGUGGAGCAGGAGCUCAGGAGACUGAUGGAUAAACCAGAUCAUCUGAAAACAGCCUGGGACGGAAGAGAGAAGAGCCAGCUGAUGGCCAAACUGGUGGAGAUUGUCAAUGACAGAAACGCUAUUGUGGAAGGUCUGGAUGAGGACAGACUCAGGGAGGAAGAGGAGGACGAGGAGCUAAACAAGAUGAUGAUGAAUUUCAACAUAAAGAAAGAGAAACCGAAGAAAAAGUCUCCGAUGUCCAAACUGUUGCGUUGGGGGAACAAGAAGGAGGGAUGAUGCUGCGCCAAAACAUAGCGCUGCUUCUUGCUUUGAUGUUUUUUUUUUUGCUGCUCUUGUUGUAGUCUUAAUGUCAGUGUGAUCAGCCUGUGAUUCAUGGGAUAACAUGGGUAGUCUGUGUAUGUGUGUGUGUGUGUGUGUGUGAUCUGUCAUUUUAAGCAUUUAUAGAGAAAUGCCCUCCCCUCUGUCGACUGGAUCACUCAAGAUGUGAGGGGUUAAUGACUCACCAGCCGUGAUGUGAUUGGGUUCAGCGCUCCAGUUGUUAGUUUUAAUACCCUUCUAGUCUUAAUCUGUCUACUUAAUGCUGUCAAACACACACACACAGACACACAGACACACACACAGAUGCACAUGUUUUCUCCUCUCCUUACAUAUAUAUAUAUAGUAUUAUACUACCUAUAUAUACACACACACAGUAACACUUCAACUACAGAUGCUAAUGCGAGUUAAAGAACAAAGGUCAGACAGCUGUUUUUUGCUCUCUGGUCAUGUUUUAGUGCACACUACAAGUCACAAGUGAAUCUGUGACUAACUUCAGGGUCACUGUAUGACCCUGUUGUAGUAGAUUACACGUUGAACUGCAUUUCUCUUUUAAUCUUAAAGGUCUCUCUCUGUGUAGUUUCCUGUCAAACACGACACUCAUUUUUUCUUGGACAACACGUUUACUCAGAGCGCUGCCCUUUGUUAAGGUCUUUAAUAGCAUCUGCUACACCAGUGGUUUCCAACCUGGGGUUCAGGAGUUGUGAGUUCACAGGAAAGCAAAAAGUUGAGAAAUCAUAUUUACUUUUUUCUCAUGAAUUAUUGGAUAAUUGGGAAGGAAUAAUCACUCUUUGGUUGGACAACCUGCUACAUAACUUUGUUUUAAAGGAUUAAAAGCCCCCCUAAAAAGUCUGGAAACCACUGUUCCAGAAACACACUCGCAUGUGCAGACAGUGGCUGACCUUUAGGAACUGUCGUAUGUGAAGAGAAUAGGCUCAAAGGUUUACUUACUAGUUAUUUAGAGCUUUCAUCCGCAUACUUGGCUCUUCAUUCAGCGAUUAUGAUCCUUUAAGAAUGAAGUGAAAUUGAAAUCAGUGAAAAGCUCUGGAUCAAUCAGUCAGUGCACCUUUGAGCUUAGAUUAUCCUCAUCACAUACAAACUGCAAUCGAAAUAAGACACUCCUGAGUUAACGCAUAUUUGAUGCUCAAACAUAGUUUUAUGCUGUAUGCUUAUGUAAUGUAAUAUGUAGUUUGUGUUUCUGCAGUUGACUAGAGGACAAUUGUGGUGAAUCUGGUUUGUGACUGAAAGGUUUAAGGAUUCGAACCGAAGGGUUGAGUGGAUGUUUGUUUUAGAAAUACAAGAACUGGUCCAUAUUGGAUCUGGAUUUGUACACGUUUUAAAUAUUUUAGUCUGUGUGUCAUAAUCUAUUAAUUUGGAGAGUUGUGACCAAACUGCUUAAUUUCAACACAACUGGUUGGUACCACACAGAAUUUUAAUUGUAUAUAUGUUAAUGUUCUUGUCCUCUUUAUUCUCCUAUAUAUCUCAGCUGUAUGAAUUGUAUGAAGUUGAUGCUAACAGUCUGAUUGUAGAGAAACUGGCCUGGAUUUUAAAUAAUUUACUGCAAUAAAAUUACUUCAAUUUUAAUAAA